GCUCGGGGGCCAUUUUGUGAGGAGACGGAGAGCGAACGGUCGUGUGGUUCCUUGCUGUUGUAGCUCCGGCGUCUCGGCGUAGACCCGCAGUAGGAGAGGCAGUCUCUUCUCUCUCUCCUAAGUCUUGGGCAGCAAGGCGAACCCCAUCCUUACUCACUGGAGCUCAGCUUUGAUUUUUAACUUCCCUUCCCCACCCUUCCAGAACACACACAUUCCCAUUCCAAAAUUGAUUUUAUAAAGAUAUUUUAAACAUACUGAUGCAACUUGGUGUGCACUAUGACAAACAUACAGGUGUUUUUUUAAAAAUUAUUUCCAAAAAACCAACAAAACAAAACAAACGGGACCUGGAUUUAAGAUGUAAUUUUUAAAAUUUCUAUUUCUAUUUUUUCUGCAGCAGUUGGGUUAGAGGAGGAGCCUUUUAGCCUCAUAAACUGACCUCUCUACUUCCUCGUGUAUUUUUAAGAUUAACUGAUGAUGUGGAAAGGGCUUUGCUUGUCUGCUAUUGAGAACAUUAUUACCCUUGCGGUUUUUGUGGAAACUGCUUUUGGAAAAGAAAAGAAUUGAACUUUACUGACUUGACAUUUUUAGACCUCCCGUUUUUCUAAUCUGGGCUAUUUUUAUUUUUGUUUUUUUACAGUGAGAUUUUUUUGAUCUUCAGCUACAGUAAGUUAUUACAAUUUUUUUUUUACAUUUUUCCUGACUUUCGCUGGUUUCCUUUUUAUUGUUGUUACUUACUAGUUAUUAUUAUUAUUAUACUUAUAAUGGUGAUGAUGAUGAUGAUAAUGAUGAUUUUUAAACGAAUUAAAGUGGAGUUUUUCUGAAUGUUAAGAUUUCUUCAGCCUCCUGAUUGACUUUGGAGUUUUCCAUCUUGGGAGAGAAAGUGAAGGUGUUAGUAUUUUUAAGUAGUUUGAUCACAUAAACCUUUUCUCUCCCAACCCCACCCUUGCCCUCAACCCCUUCCCCACACUGGAAAUAAUUUUACUGGCUGUUAAGUCUUUGACCUUAUUUUUCCUGAUCUUUAACUUAACUGUUUUAGAGCAUCUCUGGACGUCUGUAUUUUUAAUUUUUUUUCUUUUUAUUUUUUUUUCUUUUUAAUCUUUCAUUUGUUAGAUUUUUAAACUGUGCUGCAAUAAAAUGUGUGUGGUACUAUUUAACACCUAUAAUGGUGAUGGCAUUUUCCCAAAAAGCCAUCUUCCUACUGUUUCCCUUGAAAUCCCAUCCUGCUUUUCCUGUACACUACCCCCUCACAAACCACAAGCCGCAGCAACAUGGAUGCCCAGUCUGGAGCAGCAACAGCCAGGAUGACCUGGAGCCAGGGGGGCCUUCGGAACAGAUGUAUACCCUUCCUGGGUGAUGUUUUCAGCUUUGUGAGAAACCUCAUCAUCAAAGGAGAUGGCUAGCAAUGUUACCAACAAGACAGAUCCUCGAUCCAUGAAUUCCCGUGUUUUCAUUGGGAAUCUCAAUACUCUGGUGGUCAAGAAGUCUGAUGUGGAGGCCAUAUUUUCAAAGUAUGGCAAAAUUGUGGGUUGCUCUGUGCAUAAGGGCUUUGCCUUUGUCCAGUAUGUUAAUGAAAGAAAUGCCCGAGCUGCUGUAGCUGGAGAGGAUGGCAGAAUGAUUGCUGGCCAGGUUUUAGAUAUUAACCUGGCUGCAGAGCCAAAAGUGAACCGAGGAAAAGCAGGUGUGAAACGAUCUGCAGCGGAGAUGUACGGUUCCUCAUUUGAUUUGGACUAUGACUUUCAACGGGAUUAUUAUGACAGGAUGUACAGUUACCCAGCACGUGUUCCUCCUCCUCCUCCUAUUGCUCGAGCUGUGGUGCCUUCCAAACGCCAGCGUGUGUCAGGGAACACCUCACGAAGGGGCAAAAGUGGGUUCAAUUCGAAGAGUGGACAACGGGGAUCUUCUUCCAAGUCUGGAAAGUUGAAAGGUGAUGACCUUCAGGCCAUUAAAAAGGAGCUGACUCAGAUAAAACAAAAAGUGGAUUCUCUGCUGGAAAGCCUGGAAAAAAUUGAAAAAGAACAAAGCAAACAAGCAGACUUGUCCUUCUCAUCCCCAGUAGAGAUGAAGAAUGAAAAGUCUGAAGAAGAGCAGAGCAGCGCCUCUGUGAAGAAAGAUGAGACUAAUGUGAAGAUGGAGUCUGAGGCAGGUGCGGAUGACUCGGCUGAGGAGGGUGACCUGCUGGAUGACGACGAUAAUGAAGAUCGGGGGGAUGACCAGCUGGAGUUGAAGGAUGAUGAAAAAGAGCCUGAGGAAGGCGAAGAUGACAGAGACAGCGCAAAUGGGGAGGAUGACUCUUAAGCACAUAGUGGAGCUUAGAAAUCUUAUCCCAUUAUUCAUUUACCUAGGCGCUUGUGAGAGAUCAAAGUAACACCAGAUCAUCUCCCCUAGAAUCUUCUGCACAUUCUCACUGUUCUCCCUCCUUAUCCUUCCUGUGUUCAUUAAUUCAUAAUUGCCCUGCGCCUAGUUCAUUUUCACUUCCUUUGAUCCUCCGUAGAAGUUUCGUUAAGUCUUACCCUGUAAGUUUUGCUUUAAUUUUGAUACCUCUUUGUCUUAACAAUAAAAAGUUGUAUGGUUUUUA